CGCGAGCCCGGAGGGCUCCCGCCCCCGGCCCGGCCUCUCGGCGGCUGCGGCCGCUCCUUUGCUGAGCAGCGCUCCAGGAAUCUGCCCGAGCUGAUCGCGGUGAGGUGGGGCUCAGGAGCAGGCGGGAGGUGCCCGGGUUAACGGUCCGAGGCCCUGGGACCGGCCCGCCUGGGGCGCCCGCGGGAAUCCCAUUUGGACAGCGGCCUCCCGUUUCCCAGGAGGACCCGAGGCCCAGAGACGGACUGGAACUUAUCCUAGGGCCCCUGGCCUGCCAGUCUCACCUUCCUGCUGCCGGCACCACUCUGGGUUCCAGUACGCGCAGAAAGAACUUCCAACCUUGGUAUCCAACCGCCGGCAACCCCGGGCUGUUUGGGUACGCACUGCGCUCUCCCGCCCUUCUCCCUGCGUCCCCGGGCUUUGCACGUGAUCUGUCCGAAAGCCCAGUCCCACCCACUGCCCUGGCGCGCGACCCUGGAACUCUGUUCUUCGGGACCCAACUCAAUAGCAGUUCUUUGAAGCCUUUCCCAGCCGUCUUCGGCAGGCGCAGCUAACCUCGCUUUGUGGCUUUUUGUGCAUUUUCACAAAUCGCUUUUUCUGCCUUUUCACACUUUGAGCUCGGUCUUUGGACGUUAUGUUUGCCUUUUUGGUCUCUGUAUUCAAGGAUCUUGCACAUGAUGAUGAGACCUGGAGGUGUGUUUUGUAUCUUCACAUUUUGCAUAUGAAGAAACUGAGGCACUCACGGAUGGAGUAAUAUUCCUGAGUCUCACAACUAAUAAUUGUGCUUUGGUCUCAGCUCAAGAAGAAGUAGAAGUGGUACAGAAAUGGUUAGAGAACCCUGCAGGGAGCAAACAGCCUCUGGAUGCAUAGGGACCUGUGGACUUGCUGUCUGAUGCCCCCAUGGAGACAGGAAGCACCAGGUUGAACGACAUGAAGCCCCAGUCUCUGCAGUUGGUGCUGGAGGAGCAAGUGCUGGCUCUUCAGCAGCAGAUGGCGGAGAACCAGGCAGUCUCCUGGCGGAAAUUGAAGAGCUUCCAGGAGGCACAGCAAAGGCAAGCUGCCCUUGUGAGGAAGCUGCAGGCCAAGGUUUUGCAGUACCGGAGCUGGUGCCAAGAACUGGAGAAGCGACUGGAAGACACUGGAGGGCUGAUUCCUCCGCCUUGGGAAAGUGUGGAAGAGCCAAACCUGGAACAGCUGCUAAUCCGAUUGGACGAGGAGCAACAGAGGUGUGAGAGUCUAGCAGAAGUGAAUACUCAGCUUCGACUACACGUGGAAAAAGCUGACGUGGUGAAUAAAGCCCUUCGGGAAGACAUGGAAAAAUUGACAGUGGACUGGAGUCGGGCCCGGGAUGAGCUAAUAAGGAAGGAGAGCCAGUGGCGGAUGGAGCAGGAGUUCUUCAAGGGCUAUCUGAAGGGGGAACAUGGUCGCCUUCUCAAUCUAUGGCGGGAGGUAGUGACCUUCCGACGCCACUUCCUGGAAAUGAAGUCAGCAACUGACAGAGAUCUGACAGAGCUAAAGGCUGAACACGCGAGGCUUUCAGGGUCCCUGCUGACCUGUUGUCUGCGCUUGACCGUGGGAACACAGUCUCGGGAAUCCAGUGGAUCUGGAAGAGCGGACAGGAGUGAGCCACCCCAGUUGCUGCUCCUACUAGCCAAGACUCAGGAGCUAGAGAAGGAAGCCCAUGAGAAGAGCCAGGAGUUAAUACAACUCAAGAGCCAAGGGGAUCUGGAGAAAGCUGAACUUCAGGAUCGAGUGACGGAGCUCUCUGCUUUGCUGGCCCAUUCUCAGAAGCAAAAUGAAGAGUAUGAAAAAAUGCUAAAGGCUCUGAGAGAGACAAUGGAGAUCCUGGAGUCAAAUCACACAGAAUUAAUGGAACAUGAGGCAUCUCUUAGUAGGAAUGCCCAAGAGGAGAAGUUGUCUUUACAGCUGGUGAUCAAGGAGAUAACACAGGCCUUGGUGGAAGAAGGGGACAACACUGGCCAAGGCUCUGGUCAUGAGAGCUCCUUGAAAUUGGACUCUAGUGGCUUCUCCUCCCACUUUGAUUCCCAGCAUCCAGACAAAGCUCUUACUCUGGUGCGUUCAGUGCUGACUCAGAAACACCAGGCUGUACAGGACCUAAGGCAGCAGCUUUCAGGCUGCCAGGAAGCAAUGAGCUUCUUGAAGCAGCAACAUGAUCAGUGGGAGGAAGAGGGCAAAGCCCUGAGGCAGCGGCUGCAGAAGCUCUCUGGGGAGCGGGAUGCUCUGGCAGGGCAGACUGUGGGCCUCCAGGGCGAGGUGGACACUCUCAGCAAGGAGCGAGAGCUCCUGCAGAAGGCCAGGGAAGAGCUGCAGCAGCAACUAGAGGUGCUGGAACAGGAAGCAUGGCGGCUCCGAAGGGCAAAUAUGGAGCUGCAGCUGCAGGGUGACUCUGCCCAGGGGGAGAAGGAGGAGCAGCAGGAAGAGUUGCACCUGGCUGUUCGGGAGAGGGAGCGUCUUCAGGAAACACUGGUGGGCUUAGAAGCCAAGCAAUCAGAAUCACUCAGUGAGCUAAUCACACUUCGGGAAGCUUUGGAGUCAAGUCGCCUGGAGGGGGAGUUACUGAAGCAAGAGCAAGUGGAAAUGUCAGCAGCACUGGCCAGGGCAGAACAAUCCAUUGCAGAGCUUUCAAGUUCUGAGAACAGCUUGAAGGCAGAGGUUGCCGAUCUUCGGGCUGCAACUGUCAAGCUCAGUGCCUUAAAUGAGGCUUUGGCCUUAGAUAAAGUUGGACUGAACCAACAGCUUCUCCAGUUGGAGCAUGACAACCAGUCUGUGUGCAGCAGAGUAGAGUUGGCAGAGCAGGCGAGAAGUGCUUUGCAGGUGGACCUGGCAGAGGUAGAGAGGAGCAAGGAAGCACUGUGGGAAAAGAAAACUCACCUGGAGGCUCAGCUGCAGAAAGCUACAGAGACUGGAGCUGAGCUGCAGGCAGAGCUCAGGAGCAUCCAAGAAGAAAAGGAAGAAAUUAAAGAGAAAUUAAAUGAGGCACUUUACCAGCAGGAGGCAGCUACAGUUCAGCUUGAACAGCUGCAUCAGGAAGCAAAGCGACAGGAGGAAAUCCUUUCCAGGGCAGUCCAGGAGAAAGAGUCUCUAGUAAGAGAGAAGGCUGCUCUAGAGGUGCGGCUGCAGGCUGUGGAGAGAGACCGCCAGGACCUUGUUGAACAACUUAUGGGGCUUAGCUCGGCCAAGGAACAGCUGGAGAACAAUCUGUUUGAGGCCCAACAACAAAAUUCUGUUAUAGAGGUCACCAAGGGACAGCUAGAGGUCCAGAUUCAAACUGUCACUCAAGCCAAGGAAGUAGUCCAAGGGGAAGUGAGGUGCUUGAAGCUAGAACUGGAAACUGAACGGAGCCAAGCAGAGCAGGAGCGGGAGAGAGCAGCCAGAAAGUUGGCCCAGGCUGAGCAAGAUGGGCAGAUGGCCCUGGAGCAGCAGAAGGUGGCCCAUGAGGAGGAGGUCAAACAGCUUCAGGAGAAAUGGGAGAAAGAGCACUUCCGGCUUCAGAAGGAGCUGAAUAAGGCCCUGGAGAGCCUAGAGAGAGAAAGAAUGGAGCUGGAAAUAAGGCUGAGGGAGAAACAAACAGAAACUGAAGCCAUCCAGGCACAGAGGGAAGAGGAACGGACCCAAGCAGAGAGUGCCCUCUGCCAGAUGCAGCUGGAAACAGAGAAGGAGAGAGUGUCCCUCCUUGAGACACUGCUACGGACCCAGAAGGAGCUGGCAGAUGCCAGCCAACAACUGGAACGGCUGAGGCAGGACAUGAAGGUUCAGCAGUUAAGAGAGCAGGAGACCACUGGGAUGCUGCAGACCCAGCUCCGCGAGGCUCAGUCGGAGCUGAAGGAGGCAGCACAGCAACACAGAGAUGACCUUGCUGCUCUCCAGGAGGAGGGUAGCACCCUGCUGCAGGACAAACUAGAUCUACAGAAGCAGGUGGAGGACUUGAGGUCUCAGCUGGUGGCCCAGGGUGACUCCCACAGACUAGAGGAGCAGGAGGUUCAGGAGAAGCUGAGAGAAGCCCAGGAGAGUAGCCGAAUUCAGAAGGAACUGGAGAGGGAGAAAGCCAGCCUGACUCUGUCACUGGUGGAAAAGGAACAAAAACUCCUUGUUUUACAAGAAGCUGACUCUGUUCGACAGCAAGAGCUGAACUCCCUGCACCGUGACAUGCAAGAGGCUCAAGAAAGGCAAAAGGAACUCAGUGCUCAGGUGGAAUUACUGAGGCAGGAGGUGAAGGAAAAGGAGGCUGAUUUUGUGGCUCAGGAAGCACAACUGCUGGAGGAGCUGGAGGCCUCUCGGAUCACAGAGCAACAGCUGCGAGCUUCCUUGUGGGCCCAAGAAGCCAAGGCUGACGAACUUCAGCUGCAACUGCGUAACACAGAAAGCCAGUUGGAGGUGCUGGCUGCUGAGCAGCAGCCUGGGAACCAUGCCCAGGCCCAGCUGGCCAGCCUCUACUCUGUUCUGCAGAAGGCUCUGGGGUCUCUAUGUGAGAACAGGCCAGAGCUGAAGGGUGGGGGAGACUCUGCUCCCACCCUGUGGGGCCCAGAACCAGGCCAAAAUGGAGCCAGGAGCCUUUUUAAGAGAGGGUCCCUCCUGACUGCUCUUUCGGCUGAGGCUGUAGAAUCUGCUCUCCACAAGCUUCACCAAGACCUGUGGAAAACUCAGCAGGCCCGGGAUGACCUGAGAGAUCAGGCCCAGAAGCUGACACAGAGUCUAAUUGAUGUUGAGGUGGAGAAGAGCCAGAUCCACUCCAAGUUUCAGGACCUUCAGAGACAGCUCUCCCAGAGCCAGGAAGAGAAAUUCAAGUGGGAAGGAAAACACAGCACCCUAGAAUCUGAGCUGAGGGAGCUGCAUGAAACUGUGGCAUCCUUACAGAGUCGCCUCCGGCAAGCAGAGCUACAGAGAAUGGAAGCCCAGAGUGAGCGAGAGUUACUUCAGGCAGCCAAAGAGAACUUAACAACCCAGGUUGAACAUCUGCAAGCAUGUGUCACAGAAGCCAGGGCUCAGGCAAGUGCUGCUGGGGUCCUAGAAGAAGACCUAAGAACGGCUCGCUCUGCACUGAAACUGAAAAACGAAGAGGUGGAGAGUGAGCGGGAGAGAGCCCAGGCUCUACAAGAGCAGGGCGAGCUGAAGUUGGCCCAAGGGAAGGCUUUGCAGGAGAAUUUGGCUCUGCUGGCCCAGACUCUAUCUGAAAGAGAAGGAGAGGUAGAGACUUUGCAGGGAGAAAUCCAGGAACUGGAGAAGCAGCGGGAAAUGCAGAAGGCAGCUCUAGAACUGCUGUCUCUGGACCUGAAGAAGAGGAACCAAGAGGUGGAUCUGCAACAAGAACAGAUUCAGGAGCUGGAGAAGUGUAGGUCUGUCUUAGAGCACCUGCCCAUGGCUGUCCAGGAGCGAGAACAGAAGCUGACUGUGCAGAGGGAGCAAAUCAAAGAGCUCGAGAAGGAUCGGGAGACUCAGAGGAACAUUUUGGAGCAUCAACUUCUGGAACUUGAGAAGAAAUCCCAAGUGAUUGAGUCCCAGAGAGGACAGAUUCAGGAUCUGAAAAAGCAGUUGAUGACUCUGGAAUGCCUGGCUCUGGAGCUAGAAGAAAGUCAUCACAAAGUGGAGGGCCAGCAGAAGGUGAUUGAGGAACUGGAGGGCCAGAGAGAAACACAGAGGGUGGCUCUGACCCACCUGACUCUGGACCUGGAAGAAAGAAGUCAGGAGCUGCAGGCACAAAGUAGUCAGAUACAGGAGCUGGAGAGCCACAGCACCUUUCUGGCAAGAGAGCUACAGGAAAGGGACGAGGAAGUGAAGUCCCAGCACCAACAAAUAGAAGAGCUGCAAAGGCAGAAAGAGCAUCUCACUCAGGACCUUGAGAAAAGGGACCAGGAGCUGGUGUUGCAGAAGGAGAGAAUUCAGGUUCUGGAAGACCAGAGGAUGCUGCAGACCAAGAUCCUAGAGGAGGACCUGGAACAGAUCAAGCUGUCCUUGAGAGAGCGUGGCCAGGAGCUGGCCUCCCAGAGGCAGCUGAUGCAGGAGCGGGCAGAGGAGGGGAAGAGCCCUAGUAAAGCACAGCGUGGGAGCCUGGAGCACAUGAAGCUGAUCCUGCGUGAUAAGGAGAAGGAGGUGGAAUGCCAGCUGGAGCAUAUCCAGGAACUUCAGGAGCAUAAGGACCAGCUGGAGCAGCAGCUCCAGGGCCUGCACAGGAAGGUGGGUGACACCAGCCUGCUCCUGACCCAGCGAGAGCAGGAGAUAGUAAUCCUGCAGCAGCACCUUCAGGAAACCAAGGAACAAGGGGAGCUGAAAGAGCAGGCACUUCAGGGUCAGCUGGAAGAGGUCCAAAGAGCCCUGGCCCAAAGGGACCAAGAUCUCGAGGCCCUGCGGCAAGAUCAGCGGCAGGCUCUGGCCCAGGAGGAGGAGAAGGCAAGUGCCCUCCAGGCUGCUCUGGAGCAGGCCCAUGUGACGCUGAAGAAGUGCCAAGGAGAGCUGGAGGAGCACAGGGAGCAGGUGAGAAGGCUCCAGGAAGAGCUGGCAAUGGAGGGACGGCAGGUUCAGGCACUGGAGGAGGUUUUAGGAGACCUGAGGGCCGAGUCUCUGGAGCAGGAGAAGGCUCUGCUGGCCCUUCAGCAACAAUGUGCUGAGCAGGCACAGGAGCACGAGGCAGAGGCCAGAGCUCUGCAAGACAGUUGGCUGCAGGCAGAGGCCACACUCAAGGAGCGAGACCAGGAGCUGGAGGCUCUGCUGGCAGAAAGCCAGUCUUCCAGGGAUCAGGAAGCCGCUGCACUGGGCCAGGCAGAGGCUCUGCAGGAGGCCCUGAGCAAGGCCCAGGCUGCCCUGAAGGAAAAAGAACAGCAUCUCCUUGAGCAGGCAGAAUUGAGCCGUGGUCUGGAGGCCAGCACUGCCACUUUGCAAGCUGCACUGGGCACCUGUCAGACACAUGCCCAGCAGCUGGAAAAGGCCCUGAGGAUGCGAGAAGGCGAGAUUCAAGACCAGGAUCUUCGACACCAGGAGGAUGUGAAGCAACUUCAGCAGGCACUUGCCCAGAGGGAUGAAGAGCUAAGGCAGCAGAAGGAACAGGGGCAGCUGUUGGAGAAGUCUUUGGCACAAAGCAAUCGAGAGAAUAGGAUCCAAGAGAAGCAGAGUCUUGGGCAAGAAGAAGAGAUGUGGAGCCUGCGUGAGAAUCUAAAAGAACUAAAGCUGAUUCUAGCCCAAAAGGAAGAGGAGAUUCAGGAACUGAGAGAAGCCCAGCAAAGGAUGAAUCUGGAGGCCUCUCCCCACCUCCACAAAGCCUCCUCAGUGGAAGAGCCAUCUCCAAAAUUGAAUUCUUUAGCACCUGUGCUGCAGCAGGACUUGGAGCGACUACAGAUGGUCCUGAGGCAGACAGAAGCCAGGGAGAUUGAGUGGAGGGAGAAGGCCCGGGACUUGGCGAUGUCCCUGGCCCAGAGCAAGGCCAGUGUCAACAGUCUGCAGGAGGUAGCCAUGUUUCUACAAGCCUCUGUUCUGGAGCGGGAAUCACAACAGCAGAGAUUGCAAGCAGAGCUGGACCUUACCAGACAGGCUCUGGAGGAGGAGCGACUACACAGCCCACACUCAACCAGCAGAGUGGAGCAGGAGCCCAGAGCAGAGCAGAGGGAACAGCCCGGAGAGGCCUCAGGAAUGGAGGCUGAGCCUAAUUCUGGAAUGGAGCAGCAACAGUCGUGGAGACAAAGGCUUGAAAACCUUCAGCAAGCAGUGGCCCGACUGGAAAUUGAUCGGAGCAGGCUGCAGUGCCACAACAUCCAGCUGCGGACCACCUUGGAGCAGGUGGAGCGAGAACGGAGGAAGCUGAAAAGGGAUUCCAUGCGCACAUCUCGGGCAGAGGCCCCAGAGAUCAGUGAUGCCGCAGCCUCAUCACCCACACAGAAGGAUGGAAGAAGAGGACAGAGCGGUUCCUCAGAUGCCAAGUAUAUAGCUGACCUGCAGAAAGAGGUGGCCGUGCUACGAGCCCAGCUGGCUUUGGAACGGAAGCAGAGGCAGGACUACAUCGCCCGCUCUGUGCAGACCAGCCGUGAGCUAGCAGGUCUACACCACAGUUUGUCCCACUCUCUUCUUGCUGUGGCACAGGCCCCUGAAGCUACUGUCCUAGAGGCUGAGACCCGCAAGCUGGAUGAGUCUCUGACCCAAAGUCUGACAUCUCCAGGGCCAGUCCUGCUAAACCCCAGCCCCAGCACUACCCACACCACCCCCAGGUAGCAGCCACAGCUAGAGCAGGAUACAGGCCAGCUUGAUGGCAUAUGGACAGAUGACCAUAGUGGCUAUAGGUUUGCCAAAGGAAAGAUCUGCUCUGUUAUCCAGCCUGGCUGUCCCAGAUUACCUGGCAUUCCCAGGAAGAAAAUAGAGAACCAAAAGGCUGGAGAGGGCCCCAGCUUACGUGGGAAUGAGGCAGAUCACAUUUGCCUGAUAACUUAGACUCACCCAAGGAGUGCCUUGUCCUGGCCAAGGGGCAGCUACUGGCUUACAGCCAGAAGAAACCAGAAUAGCCCACACUAGGUCUUCAACAAUGAUGACAGUGUGUGGGUGUUCUUGUCCAUGUUGUGAGCAUUCUGUGCAUUAACUUCAGGGAGGUUUUGUUUCCCUAUUGUCUGCAAUUUAUUUUCCCAACACCUCACCUCCUCUCUUGCCUUUCCCUUCAACAAUAAAACUAGGCUCUGCAUUAG